GUCUCUGCUUCGCUCCUGCUGGUCAACUGCUGGUCAACUGCACUCCCACCCACCACCACUGUAACCACCAUACCACCCGUACUAGUCCGAUGCGACUUUUCUAGACUUGCACCUACUCUCUUCUACUUCCCACUCAUACUGCAACUAAACACUAACCCCCCCCCAACGCACAUCUCCAUCUCCAUCUCCGCCUCCACCCUCCACACCCCCCAAAAAAAGGGCGUCCGUUCUCGACUCCAGUCUGCUUCCAUUCCACCCACCCCCAAAAAGGACUUGGUCAAUCAAUCGCUACUGGUUACUCAUCACUAUUCACCACCACAUCCACCACCACCACCACCACCGCCUCUCCCCAGAUUCUCCGCAUUCCCCCACACAUUCCUCGGCGGUUGUCUUGCAUGUCCUUGAACCACCUGCCAGUAAAUCCUCCCUCGAUCGACCUGGAUUUCCGACAAACGGAUAUAUUUAUGAGAGAAACAGUAGUUCCCUCUAAACGCGCGGACGCGGUGCGAGUGGGAAGGUUUGGGACCGGAAAAUCUCCUAGCGCUUUGAGUCGUGAUUUAGGACGAAACCCAACCCCUCAGUCAUUUGGAGCCUGAGCGACCACCCGGAAUACCUUCACAUUGUGCAACACCGAAAUCCACAGAAGCCUUCCUCCAGAAUGGCGGUUGUGCUGAACUCGGAGGAGAAUAGUUAUUUCUCGUCAGGUCCACUGCGUCGUUCUCAUUCUCAGCCAAAAUUCAUCACCCAACCCUCAUAUUCGAGUACGACCACCAGGACCAAGUCUAGCAGCACCUUUAAUAUCCACUCGCCCUCCAACUCGGCAUCCUCCUCAGUCAAUUCAUCGCCCAGGACCCUUCCUGCGGAUUCCUCGGCUCCUUCUUUCUCCUCGACGCCUGCUAGUAGUCUGUCACUCGAUGCGAAUUGUGACGAAAACGACGAAGAUCAGAUUGCCUUUCCUUCAUACGGCGACGUAGGAUACUUUGAUCAAGUCGAAGACCUGGAACCUCCACCUAGCCCACGUACGGGUGAUUCGUACACAGUCUCACCCACCUCCGUCUCCACCUCCACCAAUGCAUCUCGACCUGGCUCUCCAGCCCCAGUAGAGCAUGCCGAGGAUGACACUGCCAUUAGGAUCCAACCAUCACGGCACGUAGACUACUUGUCCCAUAAUUGGAAGGAAGAGGAUAUCUGGUUAUCUUGGAAGCACAUUGUAUCGAAGCGUGGAGCGUACAACAACAGCGCGAGACUGGAAAAUGCCUCAUGGAGAACCUGGACGAAGGCCAAGAACAAGCUGAAGACGGUUUCUCCGGAAACACUCAAUUGGUGAGUUAGAUCGGAACCCUCGGAUGGUCGUGUAAUUGAGAACUAACAAAACCAUAGGUUGAAGGAUUGUGACGUGACCUGGUUAUACGGUCCUCUUCAAACUGGCUCUGACAGAAAGAUGUGUCUCCCUUCCACCUCCCCAGUUGAGCCCGCGGGCAGCAGAUUGUCCAAAUCAAAUUCGUUUCUGAACAAGAAACCGAUCUUGAAAAAGAGAAGCAUGUCGGAGAUCAUGCUGCAAAGAUCCAUCUCAUCGUCAUCACUUUUAAAGCAAGCCGCAGCUGCGGUUCAAGCACAGCAGUUGGAGGUCCCAAAUAGACCUCUACUACUAGGCCGCGCGACUUCAGAUUAUGCCUACCCAUUUUCAUCGGCAAGAUCAAGUCAAGAUCAUACCAGUACACUAACAUCUAUGACCUCAUCUGGCUUAGCUUCUCCAGGUACUAGAGAGCGAAAACAUAUCCACUUCAACGAACAGGUCGAGCAAUGCAUAGCAUUGGAAAUCAAAGGCGAUGAUGAUGAGCCAGAUAUUUAUAGCCGUGAUUACGACGACAGCGACUCGGAUGAUGAAGCAAUCAUGAUGAAGCCAAGUAAGAUCAAGCGUGCAUUACCACCUUUGAAAAAACCAAUUCUCAAUCAUUCCUCGAGCGCUGAUAACAAAACCAUUGCCAUGCUUCCUUCGACAACAUUGAAAUACCGAGAGGAUACACCAGAGCCUCAAGAAACAGCCAUGAAGCACAGCAAUGGAAUUUGGAAUGGAAGCAGACUCUCGCCGUCUCCUUCUCAAGAAACUUUGAGACCAUCAAAACCUUCAUCAAGAAUGCUACUUGGAGAAGAUGAAGAUGAUGACGACCUGGAUUGGGAACCUCCAAGUAGUCUCGGUAACCGAAAGGAUAGCAUAUCAGUUCAUCAAGAACGACCAUCACAUUUGAAAUCAUCGUCCUCCAGUUUGUCAGCUGAACCUUCUGGAAUGCGAAGAACACCCUCCGGAAUGUUUAUGCCAUAUGAGGAAGAUGAAGACGAUGUGGUUUCGGAGGGUCUUUUCGGAAAGGUUGUUGACACUGUAAAUACCGCAAAGGAUAUCGCACACGUCAUCUGGAAUGUUGGAUGGAGACGUUGACUCAGCACUGCUACAUCACAUCCUGAUUGACGACAACGGGGAAAAAUGCCUCGAUUGAGGCUAUACAUAUACAAGGGGCGUACACAUGAAAUUGGGGUUCACUGUUACAUAAUAUCAUCUCGACAAACACAUCAGUUGUCGACCAAGGCGUUUUGGGGACCAGGGGUUUUUUGAUUUUCCAUUGCUGGCACAUUGCAACAUUCUGCAGCUGGCCUUUGCACUUUGUUUUUCUGUAAUAUUUUUUUUUGCAUGGGCCUCAUUGAACCUUGACAAAGGAAUGGGGAACCCUCACCUGGAUUACUGGGUAUGGGUGGGGCUUUUUUAUUAUUUCUUUCCCUUUUCUUUUCUUUUUCCUUUUCCAUCUGAAUUCUUCUUUUUUAGAAGGGGAAUAGACAUACGUGGGCCACCCGAUAUUUGAUAUUACUACUCCUGAGGAGAGUACAUCUCUCGACUGGAGUUAUGAUAUUACCUUUCUUUUCCAGGCAAUGAUUAAUGACGACCGAUAUUUUCCAAAGGCAUGGAAUGGGGGGGGCGCACACUGCACUUGGGAACACACAUUUGGGAGGCGAGGCUGGGGGGUUUGAUCUGUGCAGUGCCCUGGGGUUUGGCUGAUUGACUUGCCUGGGUUUGUAGGUAGCUGCUAGCUUUAGCUAUUCAUUUGGGAAUCUUCCUAUUGAAGUAUGGAUUUUUACCCUCUUUCUUCUUCUUUCUUCUUUCUUCCUUCUGAGGGUUGGGAUGGGAUUGGAAAGGGAAGAAAGGGAAGGGAAGGAAGGGAAUGAGGGAAAGGAAGGGAAAGGAAUUAGGUGUCUCUCGUAUCUUUUUGGUAAUUGGGAAAUGGGGAUUUUUUUGGCUCUCUUCUACUCCUCUUUUUCUUCGCUGAGUGUUGGUUUGGGAUUGGGUGGUUGGGACGAAGGCGAUUUGGGCUAUUGGCUGGCGGGCGAAUUAAAAGUGUAUAGAUCGAUUUGAUGGAUUUCUUU